AACAGACAUUACAUUUGUCUCCAGUUAGCAUAAAUAGGAAAUAAUCCACAAGCAGUGGUAUCAUUAUGUAAACAACUCAUCCCACUAGAAGGAAAGCAAAGAUAAGUAUUUUAAAGGUCAAUUCAGGGAUAUAUUUAGUCAAGAUAACAAAAUACCAAGCACUGACCUGAAUCUGAGUAUUUGAUAAUUUUCAAACACUGGUUGCAGAGUAGAAGAAAGUUUCAGACUGGACAGAACACACAGGAUCAUGAUAUAUAUAAUCUCAUAAUCUUUAGAUAGUUACAUGCAAGGAACCUAUACAAACUCUGCAACUUCACUGCCUGAUAACACAGCAUGACACACCAGUGGCCUCAACUGCUUCCUCCUCUGGAGCUCCUGACUCUGUGCUAGUAUGUCAAGUGUAAUUGCAGAAUAGAGUGAGAAAUAUUGAAAUAACCCAGCAGAAACAUAUUACCGAUAACAGCAUCUACAACAUAACCUAUAAAAGAGCAAGAUUAAAACUAGGGAACUCCUACAAGGUCUUGGGCAUUACCGCUACAGUAUGCUUGGUGUGGAUAUCCUAUUUUUAACAAUGCUGUCAGUAACUCAAGACUACAUAACGCUGGAUGACUGGUGAACAGUAAAUUGGAAAGGAUGUGGAAGAAAGUAACCAUGGCCUAACAGACUGAGGAAAACCAUGGGAAACCUAAGCCAGGACAGUCGAUGUCCAGACCAAUAUUCAAACCAGUUCUGUUACCUGAAGAUGGGAGCUGAGCUGUUGCCGACUGUUGUGGCAUUAGUGAGUGCCCUUCUUUCCAUCCCAGUAUGUUACGGCUACACGCUGCUGUGUGAGUCACUCUCACAAGUGGAGAUGCUAGCAGUGGCUGGAGCUAUCAUGACAGCAGUGGUGGCCAUCUCUGCAUUCUUAACUAAGGGAAAGGUUAAGAAUAAGAUGUAUUAUGGUUUUUCUCUCUUCACUUUCACGGCAGUAAUUGAUAUAAUUGGUGGACUGGAGGCAGAUGGCAUUGUUCAUGGGUUCAUGACAACAUACCUGAAGCAUGGAGAGCCCUACCUCCUGAGUGCAUGGGGUGCUGUGGCAUGCUAUUGGGACGGAACAGUAUUCCUCACAUGCUACAUCAUUAUGGUAUACCUCUCGAGUAAUGGGAGAAGCUAUCGAACAUUAGGCCUGCACUGGUCCUCCAGCAUCCUCAACAGCAUGGUCGUAUUACUACUGGGAGCCUGUCUCAGUGAGUCAGGUCCAGGCUGGUGUACCAUCCUCAAUACACCCUAUGUGCUCUUCCCUCUGGCAGUGGCUGUGCAGUGCCUGGCAGAGACGCCAUCACACCAGCCACAAACAAAUGGCAAACCAUCCUGGCUUGACAAAGCCCUGGUUGUGCUACUGAUAGAAUCAUCACUGGCCGCCCUGCUCAAGGGACUGGCCACAUGUGGCAGCAAACUAUAUAUACCUAACUGGUACCGCACAGUGGCUGAACCAAUCCUUGAAGAGCAAAAACCAGCACCAUUUGCAGCCAUUCAGGGACUUGUUACUCUAUUUUACUUCCUCCCUGGCUAUUUGGCUGUGGCAUGGGGAUUAAUGACCAACCCAGGACAGAGAUGGCUGCAGGAUCUAGCUGUCAUUUUAGCUGGAGCCUCAUUUAAUGCUGGUGGUUCAACAGUGGCAACAGUCUUCCAUGGGUUGACAAAACCUGAACACCGACUGCCAUCAACCGUGAACCAUUCUGCCUACUGGGCUUUCUGGGGUGUCAACACACUCCUCAGUAUUGUGCCUCAGAUUGUAGCUGUUCGGUUAAUGUGGUUACCCGUGCAUGUCAGCCAUCAAGUUAAAAAUGGGAAACAAAAAACUAACAGAAAAGGUCAGGAAAAACAGAAGAAGAAUCCAAGAAAACUUAAGGAAAAUUAAAAUUAUGGACUUGUUAAUGGACCGCUCAUGUUGAAGAGUACAACUUGUGUUCAUGUGCCAAGACAUUGAGACUAACAGGAAAAUGCUUGUAAUAAAACAAUAUCUGGAG